AAAAUAGGGUCAUACGGAUAUUAAGAUUUAAAGACAGUUGAUCAUCUUUCUUGUGAUAUUUCUACUCAAAGAUGAUGAAUUUAGUGUGCACUGUUUUGCUUAGUAUGUUGAUUUUCAAACCUGGUUUUAUAAAAGGGUUCAAAAGAUUAAACACAUCAUUUGAGGAUGAUUCAAACAAAAUUGAAAACAGUACAGAUCUCUUAAAUAUUCGAUCGAUACGUGCAGCUGGUGAUCAAGCAGCAGAGGGAAGAUGCCAAGUUUUCAACUGGGGUGGAAAAUCUACUCUUCACUGGUAUAGCUGCUGCAAUAAUUGUAAAAGUAACAAUCCGUCUUAUACUCCUUCCUGCGACGGUGAAACCUACCAAUCCGCUUCCAGCACUAGCUACUGUAAUAAAUGUGGAGUAGACAAAGGCACUGGUAAUGCUGCCAAAUUUCAAAAGGAGUUCAGAUGUGGUGAUUGCGAUGGCCAAAAUAAAAAACGAGCAUUUUGCGUUGCGGGGUUGAGAGGAUUAUAUAAAAUUCCUGGCUUUUGUUGGGCGCAUGCACGAUGUUUUAAAUAUCAUUGCCAGAGGUCAUACAACAGACGAAAGCGGGAGCUUCGAGAUUUACCUGAUACUUGCUUUAAUCUAAAGUGUGACAGUGGAGAAACCUCGGCAAAUUGUCCGGUUGAUUGUUGUUAUAAGAAAAAUCCAUCUGCUUGCUCAUGGAAGAAUAAUGGGUGUGUAGACAAAUGCUGUGAAGAACCAUCCUGCUGUUUGUCCUCCACUGGAAACAUACUAAAGCUAGACAUCUAUUUCGGAAUAGGAUUACUCUUAAUUAUUUUCCUUGCACUAUAACUGCAGUUUAUUUAGGUUAUUUUCUACAUCCCCAUCUUUCUUUGGGAAAAAUACAUCCUUAACAGAAAAUUACUUAAACCAGGUUGUGUCUACUUUAUAUAUAUAUAUUUACGGUGCUUCAUGUAUCCUACUACAAAAACUUCGUUUUACCUACUUAUAUAUCUUUUGUUUGUUGUGUGUUUGCAUAAAAAAAUUCAUAAUAAAAAAAAAUAUAUACCUUGUUAAAAAUUAACACAGGGAAAUAGUAGAACUUAAAAAGAACAGACAUUUUACUAUGUCAAAUUCUAAUAUAU